AUGUUCCUGUCCGCCCCGGCCUGCCUCAGCCUGCGCCGCCUCGCGCCAUUUCCGCUGAUGCGUAUCUACAUGCCCAGCAUCCACGAAUGUGGGGGUCAGGAGUUUCUGGUUGUACAGACGCUGGAGGACCACCACCAGGAAGUGCUGUCUCUCUACAGGGACUUUGGAUUCGCCGGCCUGAUCGCUCAGGAUUCUGAGUUUGCCCUCUGCAACGUUCCCGCUUACUUCUCCUCACACGCGCUCAAACUGAGCUGGAACGGCAAGAACCUGACCACGCACCAGUACCUGCUGUCUGAGGCCGCCAGGCAGCUCGGGCUCAAGACACAGCACCUGCCAUGCUUCGCUGCUCUGCUGGGAAAUCAUAUUCUGCCUGAUGAGGACCUGGCUGCCUUCCACUGGAGUCUGCUGGGACCAGAACACCCACUAGCUUCUCUCAAGGUGCGAGCCCAUCAGUUGGUGCUGCCGCCCUGCGAGGUGGUGAUCAAGGCCGUCUCCGAGUACGUCUCCUCCAUCAAAGACCUGGGAAACCUCGACGCCAUCGCCAGAGAUGUCUUCAAACAGUCACAGUCACGGAUGGAGGACAAGGUGGAGCGAUUCAAGAAAGCUGUGGAGUAUUUCUCAGCUGCCUCCAAACCACGCUCGCCCAACAUGGGGCCCUCCUCUUUCAUCUUACCUGGGUUUGGACCCAAUCCAUUUGGGGGACCACCUGGCCACAUGGGACCGAUGCAGCCGGGAAAGAAUCAGUUCCCUCCUCCCCAGGUUCCAGGGUUAAAGCCACCCUAUCAAAAUGCCCCAUAUGGACCUGGCUCCAUCCCUCUGUUCCAGAACCCGCCGCCAUCGUCCCAAGACUGCAACGACUCGCUGACGAACAAGAUGGGCUUCUCCGAUUGGUCGGCUCCGUAUGAUUCCACUCAGGGGGGAAGUCGAUUACCCAAUCAUCACACCAGCACCCAGUCUGGUCCCUCUCCGUCUCCUUCCUCGUCAUCAGAUGGAGACGAACCCAACGACAGCAACGCAAACCAUUUGACGGAGAAGCCCUCCCGGUGGGAGGAUCCUGCUGGAAGGGGGGGCUCGGCCUCUGGAGACGGUUCCCAAGGCAACGGGAGCGGGUCAAACAUUCCCUCACUGUUGUCUAUGGCGACGCGGAGUCACAUGGACAUAACCACACCCCCUUUGCCUCAGGUCAGUGCUGAGGUUCUUCGUGUAGCCGAGCACAGACACAGAAGAGGACUGAUGUACCCCCAGAUUUUCCACAUAUUGACCAAGGGAGAGAUGAAGAUGCCAGUGUGUAUAGAGGAUGAGUGUAACUCUGAGCUGCCGCCUGCCUCUCUGCUGUUCCGUGCUGCCAGACAGUACGCGUACGGCGUCCUCUUCAGCCUGGCUGAAACACACCGCCGCCUGGAGAGACUCGCUCUCCGCAAGAGGGCUCCUCUGGAAGUUCCUCCAGUGAUUGUCAAAGAGUGGAGCAGCGGUAAAGCCAAGUCGGCUCUGACUCCGGAGCUGGUUCCAGCCCUGUGUUUCCGGGAGUGGACCUGCCCCAACCUGCGGCGGCUGUGGUUGGGUCGUGCCAGCGAGGACCGCUCCAGGAGAACCAGGGCCUUCCUGGCCUGCCUACGCUCUGACUGCCCAGCCCUCCUCAACCCAGCACAGGUCCCACAGCAUCUGCUGCUCAUGUGCUGCGUGCUCAGGUAUAUGAUGCAGUGGCCUGGGGGAAGGAUCCUCCAGAGACAUGAGCUAGAUGCCUUUCUGGCUCAGGCUGUUUCCAGUCAGCUCUACGAACCCGACCAGCUACAGGAGCUCAAGGUGGAGAAGGUGGAUGCCCGCCGGCGUGCAGCUCGCUUCCCUCUUUAUGGCUGGCGUGACACAAAGCGCUUGUUCAUCAAUGAUGUGUGCGGCAGCCGUUGCCAUGGGAACACUGCUGUCCCUGGGGCUUUUUUGACGGGCAAACUGUUCCAGAGCAAAACUGGCCCGGGCGCCCGGCGACCGGGCCGCCCUGCUGGUACAUUGUGCGAGGGGCAGGAGGAGCUGGUGUCCAAGGUCGAGAAGAUGCGUCAGGCAAUCCUCGAGGGCAUCAACCUGUCCCGCCCUCCUCCUCCUCCCCCUCCUCUGCCACCUCCUGCCUUCCUGCCCCCCGCCAUGGUGCCCCCUUUCUACCCCAUGCCUCCACUCUACCCACCUCGCCCCAUGGGCGGCAUGCCCCCUCAUCAUCACCCACAUCACCCGCAUCACCCUGCGCAGCACAGACCCAGAGCCUUCCCAGGCAUCCAGUCCAUCCCCCCUCAGGGAGGGAAACUGGAGAUAGCCGGCAUGGUUGUUGGCCAGUGGGCUGGAAACAAACCAGUCCGUGGGAGAGGGGGGUUCAACAUGCAGGUGGUGUCGGUGGGAGCAGGGAGAGGGAGGGGUAAAGAGAUUCCAGCGAAAGUAAGGGGAGUGAAAAAGGCCCCCGCCAACCGGACACAGCCGCUCACUCAGAUUACGUAA